AUGGAGCCGUGGGUGAUGCUGGACCCGCGGCAGAAGGCCCUGUACCAGGACGUGAUGCAGGAGAGCUACGAAACGCUGAUGUCCCUCGCAGCACAGGGGCUGGUGAGUGAAAAAGCAGCGGAGGAAGGAGCAGCGGAGGACACCUGCGAGGAGCUCGAAGCGCGCUCAUCCCGCAGCCCGGAAAGGGAGAAGACCCUCGGCUCGAACAGGCGGAAAAUGAAGCGCCCGGAUAAAGCCGUGCCACACGGCGCCACCAAGAUGCCCAAAGCCGCGGCAGCUUCCGGCUGCCCCGAGUGCGGCGAGACUUACAGCCAGAGCUCCCACCUCCUCCAGCAUCGCCGUACCCACGCCAGCGACCGGCCACACAAGUGCAGCGACUGCGGCAAGCGCUUCGCCGGCGCCGCCGAGCUGGCGGCACACGGCCAGGGCCAUGCCGCCGAGAAACCCCACAAGUGCAGUGACUGCGGCAAGGGCUUCGUUUGGGCAUCCCACCUUGCCCGGCAUCGGCGGGUGCACACCGGGGAGAAGCCCUACCGCUGUGCCGAGUGCGGCGAAGCCUUCAGCCAAGGCUCGCACCUCGCCAAGCACCGCCGCAGCCACACCGGCGAGCGGCCCCACCGCUGCCCGGCUUGCGGCAAGACCUUCUGCCAGAGCUCUGACCUGGCCCGUCACCGCCGAACCCACCUGGGCAAGAAGGCCUUGCGCUGCAGUGACUGCGGCAAGCUUUUCCGAGCUGGGCCGGCACUGGCGCGGCAUCAGCGGUGUCACCGGCGGGAGCGCGCCCACCGUUGCGCCGAUUGUGGGAAGGGCUUCGUCUGGGCGUCCCACCUGGAGCGGCACCGGCGGGUGCAUACGGGUGAACGCCCCUUUCCAUGCGGCAGCUGCGGCGAGCGUUUCGCCCAAAAAGCCCACCUCCUCCAGCACCGCAAAACCCACUCUCCCGACCGGCCCUACAAAUGCGGCGACUGCGGCAAACGUUUCGGCGAAGCUCCCCCCUUCCUCGCCCAUCAGCGGGGUCACGCCGCCCAGAAGAGCUACACCUGCGGCGAGUGCGGCAAGGGCUUCGCUUGGGCGUCCCACCUCGAGCGGCACCGCCGUGUCCACACCGGCGAGAAGCCCUACGAGUGCCCUGAGUGCGGCGAAGCCUUCAGCCAGAGCUCCCACCUCACCAAACACCGCCGUAGCCACCUCCCCAAAGCCGCUUUCCCCCUCCUCCCUGUGGAAGGGCGUUCCCCGGGCGGCAGCAAGGAGAGGGGGCUGCGGCCCCCGGUGCCGGCGGCAGCGGCAUGCAGCCGCUGGUGA